AUGGAACAAGCAAAGUUAACUAGUAAAGAUACAGAGAAUAGUGCCAAAAACUUCUUUAUCUCAGCAAUCAGAUGCCUACCACUCAAAUACAAAGAUGAGAAUGAAUACGAAGAUGAAUUUUAUUGUCCUCGUAACAAUAACAUUCUGGAUGAUGCUUCUGGAUCAAAAAAUUUUCAAUUUCCUUCUGUGAAAUUUGGAAAGCUUUCUCCUCUUUCUCAACAGAAAAAGAUGGUAGCUUCUAUAACUUUUCUACUCCAAAAACAUUGA